AUGGCAGAGUUUGAUUAUGAAGAGGUUGUAAAAGCAACAGAUAACUUCAACCCAACAAGGCUCAUAGGCAAAGGAAGCCAUGGAUGGGUCUACAAAGGUGUACUCUUCCAAGAUAACAACAAGUUGGUAAUUGCUGUGAAGAAGCCAUCUCAAUCUCUUCAUCAAGAAGACAACUCCAAACUCGAAAACGAAAUUCAAGGGUUAUCCUCUUUACGUGAAAGCCCUCACGUGCUUAAACUUGUAGGGUCGACGACGAGUCAUCGUCAUCGUCAUCAUGAUCAUGAUGAUGAUGAGUACAGCUCGUUCAAGCUCAUAGUAAUGGAGUUCAUGCCCAAUGGUUCACUCCAUGAGUGGCUCCAUGCUUCUAAAACCCCACCCACAUGGCUUAAACGCUUCGAAAUCGCCAUGCAAAUAGCUCGUGCCUUGAAAUUUCUUCACCAAGGUAAGCCUUUGGUCAUUCACAGAGACAUCAAGUCAUCCAACAUCUUGAUUGAUUCACAAUGGAACGCAAAGUUAGCAGAUUUUGGACUAGCCAUCGUCAUAGACCGAAUUGAUGAGCCAGUAGUGCCGAGUCAACCCGCUGGUACAAUAGGGUAUUUAGACCCGAGUUACACCACACCGAGUAAACUCAGCACCAAAAAUGACAUGUUCAGUUUUGGGGUUGUGUUAUUGGAAAUCAUGAGUGGUAGAAAGGCCAUUGAUGUGUGCAAAACCCCUGCGUCAAUAGUGGAAUGGGCAAUUCCAUUAAUCGAAGAUAAGCUAUUUGAUGAAAUAUGUGACAAGAGAAUUGCAUUGCCUCCAGCUGCAUACAUGGUGAACAACAUCACUCAUUUAUUAAGAGAGGCUGCACGUUGUGUGUCACCGAACGAAGAUGAUCGUCCAUCAGCGGAGGAAGUGAUAAUGGGAAUGGAAAAAAAUAGGUUGGUGGAACGAGUCAGGUUUCCCAUUUGGACAAGCUUUUUGAAGAGCAUGGUGAGGUUGAGAAAGAAGAGGAGGAAACUAGUGAUGAUGAGUACUGUUACAACAAAACAAGAGGGUGAGGUUGAGGUUGACAGUGAUCAUAAGUAUAACCAUAUGUCAAUCACCAUAAAGGAGGUUUUGGCUCAUGUUAGCUAG